ACGAUACGGACACAUUUUUUUUUCAAGCUAACCGCGAGGCGCCGAGUACGACGGUCUGCGUGCACGCAUGCAUCUGCGCAUGCAAUUGCAGACGUAAACACUCGGUGAGCUCUCGCGCUUCUUGUCGUAUUUGUGAUCAUGUGCCCGUGCUCAAACGUGUCGCCCAAGAUGACUAAUAAACAAUCUAUUAUUUGCCAACCUUUGCUAUCUCGAACCCGUAAGGACCUUUAAAAAACAGCAUUUAAAAGGAACGAAUAAGAUUUGACAGUGCAACUUUGGGAUAAUUUUGACAGACAUAGUGCGUGCGCGCCGUGACAGUUGUGAUACGCGUAAACAAUAACCGAGCGCGUAGUGUGUUAUACAUAUUACAAAAAAGGAAUUUUAAAGAAAAGACCGUGCAAGAAGAGAAUUCUGCGAAUCAGUUGCUUGGACUUCCGCGUCCAGCAUCCGAGGCUUUUUGCGCUAAGCUUACAUACGUCGAGCUACGAAAGAACAGAGGGACCAAAUAGGCAGAAGAGAGAGAGAGAGAGAGAAAGAGAAAAAAAACGAUACGACCGUGAAACGUGAGACCUCGUUGCUGUGUGCGCAUACAAUAGAAUUCCGUGCCUCGCGCUUAACACCCAGCAGCGAGAGCAAACUUUUAUCGCCAUCGGCUAACUAUAUUUGCUACAAUCAAGCUGACAUAGAAAGAGAAAAAAACUGAAGGGGUUCGUUUCUCUAGCUUCCAAGCAAUCUAAUACCCCGCGACAGUUAUGAAUCAGUAGACCAAGUGGAAUCGCUUGUUUUUUUUUUGUUUUUUUAGUUCUCUAUAGAAUUCAGCCGUUCAAAGUGGCAAGUCUUCAAAGUCACCUAGGUAGCUUAUACUUAGAAUUGUAAUCACGAAAAUUUUUUUGCUACUAAAAGAAAACAUUGUACGUAGUAUAAGAAAAACGAUAUUUUAACCAACCCAUGAAUCAAAGGAGUAAUCAAUUCUCCGUCGCUCAGUAUUCACAUGGUUUAUGUGCCGACGGAUCGUGACUCGUAUGAAUUCAUCAGUAUUACUCUUGCACUUUCUUAGUUUACCUGACUUGUAAAAAUCUGGUGGAAAUUAUAACGGGAUAUGGAGAUAUACAAAAGUACUUAAACACUUGUUCAAAAAUACUUGGAAUAUUGUAGCUACAUCGAUGAACUAAUCAACGAAAUACGUUAGACAAAUCAACCUAUUUGAAGCUUGAAAAAAUAAUAAAUAAAUCCUUGAAAAGGCCAAAACGUGCGUUCGCAGUCGGCAGAUGCGAUCCGACGGAUGACGAGAGAUGCCCCUGCUCGAGUCGUCAGCUUCACAAGACACUCGACAUUGCUUAGCAACCGUCUCAAGUGACUCGGUUAGCGUCCGUCGGUAGAAUUUUAAAAAGUUUUUAGCUCUCUUCACAACACAACGAAGUCAAGACGAAGUCAAGUUCCUACAGGAUUACACAGAAGGGAUAUAAGUUCUCCCUAUACAUCGCGCAACGAAAUACAGUUGAUGGUUAUACCGAAGAUACGCAACGAGGUCUUUAAUGAAACAAGAACUAAUGUCAACGUAAAAGUGAGAAAACCUACAACGAGGACGUCGGCAUUCAAAACGCGAAUAACAAGAAUAAAAACGGAAUCAAAAAGUCAUAUUCUAAUCACAGUUGAAAUCGGGUGAUAAGCGUCGCGCGCUCGCGACGAAUAAUCCCCCAAACGACGACAAUCCUGAAUCGAAGCAGCGUGGACGUGGUCGACCUGAGCGGAGGAUGCAGGCCUGAGGCAGGCUCGCGCGCGGACGCGAAGAUGCCCCAGCGCUCGCCCUUCGCCAUCCAAGAGUUGUUGGGCCUAAAUGGCGCCGGCAACCCGAUUGGCGCGGCCGCCGCCAACAACAACAACAACAGUAGCAGCAACAACAAUAACAGCGGGCGUAGCUCGCCACAGAGCUCGCCGCCGGCUGGUGUUAGCGCCGUGUCGUAUGCCCCGACGGCACCACAUCACAAGCUCUGGGACUACAUGGCACCGCUGACGAAUCACCUCGGCAAUCUGGGCAAUCUCACAGCCUCGCGGAUGGCUUAUCUGAAUGCCCAGGCUGCCGUUGCUGCUGCAUUUCUACCACCGCCACAUCAUCAUCCUCAUCCGGCUCAUCACAUGGCGCAUCAUCAAGUGCAUCAACCCGGACAGUUGGCUGGCCAGUCAACUGCUAGUCUCAACGUUCAUCCGGCGGCACACGCGCAGCACAUGCUACCUGGAUCCGGCGUCUCGGCCAAUCAUCAUCAAGGCAGUCCCACUCAACACAGUUCACCACAUGGCUAUUCGCAAUCAAAAAACGCAUUUUCAAGUUCAAGUCCAGGUGUCGGGCACAGCAUCGAAGCCGGAAAAGAUUUUACAGUCGACGGUCUUUCAGGAUACAGUAAAAAGAAAAAGAAAAAACGCAGACAUAGCUCUAGGACGAUUUUCACGACUGCGCAGCUGGAGGAGUUGGAGACAGCGUUCAAAGAGGCUCACUACCCCGACGUCUACGCACGCGAAAUGUUGAGCCUUAGGACAGAUUUACCGGAAGACAGGAUACAAGUAUGGUUCCAAAACAGGAGAGCAAAAUGGCGUAAGACUGAAAAGUGCUGGGGGAGGAGUACCAUUAUGGCAGAGUACGGCCUCUACGGCGCGAUGGUGAGACAUUCGCUGCCGUUACCCGAGACUAUACUCAAAAGUGCGAAGGAGAAUGAGUCUGUUGCACCCUGGCUUUUAGCGCAAUCCUCAAAGACAAGCAGCUUUAAUCAAGACAGUGAAAAUAAACGACUACGCGAUCUGAUUGAGUGUGGCUCCGUAGGGAUGCACCGCAAGUCCAUCGAGGCGGCGGAACACCUCAAGUCCGGUGACGAUAGCGGCAAUGAUCACGGGGCCGGCAGCGCUACGCCGCCCCACCAUAACCAUCACCAAGGUGGGCCCACCAGCUCCGAAAGUGGACAGGAAAGUCAAGACGGCAUGGGUCCAUCCUCGUCUUCUGGUUUACAUCAAGAUACCGAGCAGCUAAGAAACGAGAGUAUUGCCUGCUUGAGGGCGAAAGCUCAGCAACAUCAGCUGCAGUUGAGCUUGCAGCCAGCUGCCGGGGCGCCCGAGACGACACCCUACUCAACGGCUCCGCAAACUAACACAUUACACGCCUCGGUCUAAAGAAUGAUAAUUCAUUGGAUUUAUAGUGAUAUGAAAACAACGUAACAUAGUUAACAGCAGCGUUUGGAUUUCUUUUGAAGAAAGAAGCAUUGAAAAUAAGCUGCUAUGGCCUAAAGAUUUUUUCAACGAGUAACUCGUAGCGUCAUCUACCGACAUGUACGAGAUAUUGUGAACGAAAGAGACAGUCUGUUAUAUCACCUUCACUCUAUCUCUGUUUUAUUUUUUUCACAAUUACUUUGCGGAUUGAUCUGUAACAAAUAUUCACCUGGAAAUUAAAAUUAGUUAACGACUAUUUAUAUUUAAUGCAACGAAGAAAACUAAAUGCCAGUAGCAAUAAUUUAAUGGAAUACAUUUUCUCAGAGUAAAAUACAACGAUGGGCAAAUAAACUUUUGAAAAGUUUUUCAAACUCUGUUAAUCAAGAACGUCUCAUAUGACAGUUGAAUUUUACUGUAAGAGAAUUGAAAGUAUGGAAAAGAGUUAGAAUGUAAUGUAUGCUUUAAUGAUAAUUCAGACAGCGAAUCCCCCGUCUCCUUUGUGCAUGGAUACUUACUGAAAUGCGACUGACAUAAUAAAGCUCUGAUUUACGCGUAACAACGAAAAAAAGAAGAUGAUGAUAAUUAGAAUCCAAAAAAGAGGUAUAACGAGUGAAAAUCUCCCACGCUAUCGAAGAAGAUGAGUGAGAAACGAUCUGCAAUAAUCGGCUUAGGAGAUAAUGACAAAUUCCUUUGACACCGUUUCCUUCUCAUUUUUCUUUUUUGUCGAGCUCAAAGGGUUCAUUUUGAAUAGUUCGUAAAAAUUGUGAAAGCUGUACUUUGAAUUUCUAUAUCAUGAACUGAAAACGUACUAAAAACAUUCAUUACAUUUUUGUGUAAUUAGAUGUUUUACAUUUAAAAAUUAGUAAUAAAUGUUAAUUUAGACAAUUGUAACACGGAAAUUUUAUUGUAAUAUAUUUUCUUUAUCAUAGUGGAUUAUUGUAAAUUUUGUAUAAAUUUAUAUACAUAUUAUGAAUUAGGUCGUUCGAAACAAAAAUAUUAUAUUGAUUUCUCAUCAAAAGCGCUUAUUUUUAUGAUUUUAAAAAUAAUUAAAAUUAUGUGGUCUAACAAUCUAAUGCAGGUAGAAAAAUCAAUCUGAUACAAUCAAUGUCAUCAAGGAAAAUAGAAACAACAUAAAAUCUUUCUAUCUACCUAUUUCCAGAAAACGCACUUCAUAUUACAACUGAUAAAUAAUAGCGUAAUCAAUUAUUUAGUAUGAAGGAAUAAAUUGGAAAAAACUACACGGAUUUUCACGAAAUAUUUUACCUCGUAAAGAAAGUGAGAAACAGGCAAUUAUACAUCGAAUGAUGUCAAAAGUACCUACUGAUUAUGUAUAAUUGAAAAUAUAUAGUGAUUUCAAUGUAGCUAUGUUAUGCACUGAGUGACUAACAGAAUGAGCCGAAUUACGGCGAGCGUUAAUAAAAGGAAAUAAAGUGUAUAGACACAAGUCGGAGUGAAUAUUCUAUAUGAAUCAACUAAGACAUAUAAAUAUUAUAUACAAUAGUGCGAAAAUGUGAGAGUGAAUGAAAUAAGGAUAUGAGAGUAUAGAAUUAAUAAACGAAAUAUAAAUUAAAUAACAUUAAGUAAUGAGGCUGACUCUUGACACAAAAAACGAAAAGAAAUCUUCCUAUACUCGAGUACUCAAGAGACAAGGAAAACUUAACUGUUGUUAAAUGUGCAAUAUAUCGUAACUUAUUAGGCACUGUACUUUCCAUUAAUCAGAGUAUUGUGGGUUCAACCAGUCGCGUUUCUCUUCAACUCACUACUCUUUUUGCUCUGUCGUAAUCAUUUCACAUUUUCUAUUUCGUUGUCAGGCAAUCAAGCGAUGAAUUGAGAUUUUCGUCUCGAUUAUUCAUCAUGUAUAUAAAUAUAUAAAUACGGCUAUACAAAUAAAGAUAAAGAAAUAUUUGGUCGCGUCGCUUCGGAGUGAUCGAUCUUUUUGCUUCUCGCGCGAAUGCGAUCGUUAUAUAUAUAUAUAUACAUAUAUAUAUAUAUAAAUAUAUUUAUUUUUCACUUUUCAUGUAUUACGUAUAUCAUGUCAUUGUGAUGUUCAUAUUAUUAUUUUAUUUUUUAUUAGACUUUAACAUAUUUUAUUGAAUGGAAGAAUAUUUUAUUAGACUUGGCGAAAUAUUUAUAUCAAAUCAAAAUACGUUUACUCGUGCAUAAAUAAACUUGAUGUAAGUACUUAAAUAUGAUUUCUAGAUAGAAAUACAAAUACAUUUUCAUUGCAAAUCUUUAUGUAAAAUCACGUGAAAGUAUAAAUUUUAUUAUAAAGUGAUUUCGCAAUAUUAUUUUGAUUCAAUUAUAAUAAAUUAUUGAAGAUUAUUUAGUUCAAUUCCUUGAACUGUGGUAAACGAGAAAAUUGUUGCCAAUUACUAAUGCUGUUUUGUGUUGAUAUUAAUUGAUAAAUAUAAUUUAUUUCAGCCAUUUUAUGUUACACAUUUAUAUAGAAAUGUAAGAAAAACGAAGACUGUUUUCGUCGUUGUAAACGAAAAGUCGAGCGCUUCGAUGCGAUUACACUUUUAGAUUACAUACAUUUUAAUGUAACGCAUUAUAUUUGAAGACGAAUAAUUCGGGAUAAAGUUAUAUCCAAUAUUCAAAACGAGCUCAUCAAGUGAAAAAAUAAAAAAGACAAAAAAUUAAAUAACUAAACUAAUGAUAAUGAUGAUACAUGCAUAAUAAAUUCACAGUCAACCAGACAUGCAUUCACUGUCAUUUGUAAAGAAAAAAUGGCCUGUGUGCUGACAGAAAAUGUGACUCAGAUAAAUGCAGCUAUUGUACGGACAGCGUUCGUUCAUAUGACUUCUUAUUUGUGUCCGAAGGCAUGUGAUGAACCACAUGCUUAGUAGUCGGCUAG